GCGCGCGCGCGCGCUCGCGCCGCGAAUCCGCCGCUGCUGUUGCGCUGGUCUGGGUCGUCAUGGGGUCUCCGUGGGAGGACCUCACCUUGGCCUUCUCUCGCACACCCAUGUACCCCUUUUUUGACAUUGCCCACUACCUGGUGUCCGUGAUGGCGUUGAAGCGACAGCCUGGAGCAGCAGCAGAGGCAUGGAGGAAUCCUAUGUCAAGCUGGUUUUCUGCUAUGCUCCACUGUUUUGGUGGAGGAAUUUUAUCCUGUAUUCUACUUGCUGAACCUCCAGUGAGGUUUCUUUCUAACAACACUAAUAUCUUGCUAGCAUCUUCAAUCUGGUAUAUUGUAUUUUUUUGUCCACAUGACCUAGUGUCCCAAGGCUAUUCUUUCCUACCUGUUCAACUCUUGGCUGCUGGCAUGAAGGAAGUGACUAGAACUUGGAAAAUAAUCGCUGGAGUCACACAUGCGAAUAACUAUUACAAAAAUGGCUGGAUAAUCAUGAUAGCUAUUGGAUGGGCUCGAGGUGCAGGUGGUAGCAUUGUCACAAAUUUUGAGUUGCUAAUGAAAGGAGCUUGGAAACCAGAGGCUGAUGAAUGGCUGAAGAUGUCCUACCCUGCCAAGAUAACCCUAUUAGGGUCAGUUGUCUUCACAUUCCAGCAUGCCAAGUAUCUGCCAAUAGCAAGGCAUAAUCUUAUGUUCCUAUAUACCAUUUUUAUUGUGGCGACAAAGAUAACCAUGAUGAUUACAGACACUUCUGCUAUAUCUUUAGCUCCUUUGGAAGAUGUUUUGAGUCGGAUUUUCUUUGGCAUGCCUCGCUUUCUGUGUGAAAAGAAAGAUGAAAAGAAAACUGAAGAAAAAAGUCAAAGAAAACUAUCUGCCAAUGGUACUGAUUUAUCAACACAAGAUCCUAAAAAUACUUUAGGUGAUGUUAAAAAGAAAGACAAGAAGAAAGAUGAGUAAAUUUUUUGACGAGCUGUUAAAGGCAAACAAAACCCUUUUUUAUUCUUUGACCUAUCAGAUUGUGAUAAAUAUUCUUAUGUAAAUGAUGUGAAAUAAGAAUUGUAUUUAAGGACUGGAGGUGACAAAAAGAAAGAACUUUCUUUCUGUUUCAGGGAGAUCCUCCCUUGUGGUUUGUAAUUCUUGAGUGUUAUGAGGUAUCAUGUAAAAUUGUUUUUCUAAGUUAUAAAUAAGAUUCUAUUAUGAUUAUUUUUAUAGUUUUGUAUUUUUGAAAAAUAUAGAACUUUGGGAGAUGGGUUAGAGGUACUCACAGAUCAUAUUUAAGCUAUAAAUUUAUAUUUAAAAAGAUUAACUGUAGGGGCCGGCGUGUGGUGCAGGUGGUAGGGUGUUUGUCUUGCCCGUGCCAAACCUAGGACGGACUGUGGUUCUAUCCUCCGGCGUCCCACAUGGUCCCCUAAGCCAGGGGCAAUUUCUGAGCACAUAGCCCAGAGUAACCCCUGAGCGUCACCUGAUGUGACCCAAAAGCAAAAAGAAAACAAAAAAUAUUAACUGUGAAUAAUAGCAAGGAUUAUACUUGUACUUGUUUAAAAAUAUUUUUUCCUGGGUGGACUUUUGAUACAAAUUUUUUGGAUGCUAAAAUAAUUUCUUUCUAAUAUAGUAAUGCAUUAAACAUUUAAAAGUUCUGUAUUAUAUUUGAUAGAGUUAAAAACUUUAAAAUUAAUGUUCUUGACAGUUUUGAAAUGGUUUUAUCUAUAGUUGAAAUGAUAGAAAUCUUGUUUUAUACUUCUAUUAAAAACACAUUAAUAAAAUAA